GUGCUGUACCAGGACUGCCGCAUGGUGCCCGUCACCGCCCCGUACGUGGCCGGGUUCCUUGCCUUCCGAGAGGUGCCUGUCCUGGUGGAAGCUGUGCAGAGACUUCAGCAGGAGGAGCCCCAGCUCCAGCCUCAGGUGCUUCUGGUGGAUGGGAAUGGCCUGCUCCAUCCCAGAGAGUUUGGCAUAGCGUGUCACCUCGGAGUGCUGACAGACCUGCCGUGCAUCGGCGUGGCCAAGAACCUCCUGCACGUGGAUGGCUUGGUCAGGGAUGAGCUGCACAAGGAGCAGGUUCGUUCCCUGCAGAGGUCAGGAGAGGCAUUCCCACUGACAGGCACCUCAGGGAAGGUCCUGGGCAUGGUGCUGCGGAGCCACAGCAACAGCUCCAGGCCCCUGUACGUGUCCGUGGGCCACCGGGUGAGCCUGGGCACGGCCGUGUCCCUGGUCAGGGCCUGCUGCCGCUUCCGCAUCCCGCUGACAUCAGGUCCAGGGAGUACCUGCGGAGGCAGCCCUGUGCUCCUGUGGAGGGGCUGCAGGCCGUGCCUGCCAGCCCCCAGAGGUGGGUGUGUGGGCAGAGGGCACCUGCUGUGCCACGAGCUGCACUAAUGGCAUUAAGGGUCCAGGCAGGGUAACCGGGUGAGCUCGUGGGGAGGUGAGGACGUGUGCAGCCUGCAGGAGGUGAUUCCUGCUCCCUGUGGCCACGCUGCCUCGCACGCUGUCCUGAGCUGGGCAAGGGCAGCAGGGAUUUGCUCUUUUUUCAGCAAAGCCAAACGCCCACAGGUGUGACCUGAGGGGGACAGAAAUACCUGCAGGGAGCUGGUUUUGGCCCCAGGCCCUGGGGAGGGUCAGAGUCCUCCUCUCUUACAUAAGGUGGGGCGCUGGGUGUCAGUGCAGGGCUAAGCCUGCCCCUGGGCUGCAGGAGCUCAACUCACCAAGUGCCAGUUGUUUGUGCCUGUUGGCUUCUACUUCCUGUAAAACUGCUUCCUAUUUUGUCAUUUGUGUCCCUGCAGCAAAAACGAGACUGAAUCAGAGGAUUAGCAUGGUGCCAGAAGAAAGUGCAGAGCUUCUCUUCACUGGGUCCUGUCCUGCACAAGGCUGAGUCCUGCUGGGUGCAGGAGCCCAGUGCCACCCUGGGGACAGCUGUGCCAGGCUGUGCCCCACAGCACAGCACCAGCCACUGCUCAGGGACAAUCCUUGCAGUGAAUUUCUCAGGGUUCCUUUUCCACUACUGUUAAAGUCUGUGUGUAAGCAAAGCUCACGUGUGAGUUUGCAGCACCUCCCUGGAGUCCUUGUGCAGCUGCAGGGCUGGUUUACAGAGGUGCUGAGGCACUGCAGAGGCAGCCUGGGUGUGCCACCGCACCUCCCUUCCCUCUGUUUUUGGAGCAGCUUCCCCUGUCCCUGCAGCCUGGGCUCUCCAUUGCCCCUGCACAUCAUGGGGAGCAGCAGCCCCACUUGCAGCUCUCCUGGAGGAAGGAUCAUCUCAGGGGAAGGGAUGGCAGGAGCCAUCACCCAUCACCCUCCCAGGGGCAUGAGGAGGCCAUUCCUGGCACACAGAGAGCUCCAGGUGCCCAAAUGCCAGCCUGGACACCUGGCCCAGCCCCAGCUCAGCCUGAGGAGCAGAGCCCAGAGCUUCUGUGCCCAAAUCAUCCUCAACCCUGGUCCAUCCUGCAGGACCAAAGCUGCUCCAAGGUGUGGGGUCCUGGCUGGGGCUGGCAGGUGGUUCCUGACUGUUCUGAAGAGCAGAAGGUGCUCUGGGAGAUCCUGGUGUGGCUGUGCAAGAUUCCAGCCUGAAGAGGAAGAAGAUGGCAGCUUUAUGGGGGUGGGGAGGGGCCCUGUGGGCUGUUUCACCUCCAUUUUGCAUAAAUUUGUUGUACAACUCUUGUUCUUUUCUGUCUUGGAGCUGCUGUGGGUGGGGAGGACAAAGCCCAGCCUGUUGUGUCUCUGCUGUGUUGGGUCUGAACCAGGUGGGGAAAGGGGGGAAGUGACAAAUCCUGGGGCCAGCAGGGCAGGGCUGGGGACAGGGGAAACAGGGACAGCCAUGUCCCCUCCUUGCAAGGACACAGAACCUCCUCUGCCCUGGCCUGAGGGAGCAGGGUGGGACAGCCACAGGCAGCAGGGAUCCGUUCAUUCCUCAUUCCAGCCCCACACAGACAGUGACUUCUGUGGCCAUGGGGACAGUGUCCUAACGCCUGUCACAGAUUCAGGCACCAGUGACAGGGUGGGCAGGGAACAGCUCCUUCCCGGAGCUCAUGGCAGAACACCAGGGAAUCACCUGGGUUUCUGAUUUGGCCUGUGCUGGGAGGGUCAUCCCAAAUUCUGAGUGACACCAUUGGUUCAGCCCAGGUGUGCUGAAUGGGGCUCCUCAUUGUGGCUGCAGACUGACCCAGGUGUGCUGAAUGAGAUUCCUCAUUGUGGCUGCAGACUGACCCAGGUGUGCUGAAUGGGGCUCCUCAUUGUGGGUGCAGGCUGAGCCAGGUGUGCUGAAUGGGGCUCCUCAUUGUGGGUGCAGGCUGAGCCAGGUGUGCUGAAUGGGGCUCCUCAUUGUGGGUGCAGACUGACCCAGGUGUGCUGAAUUGGGCUCCUCAUUUGGCUCUGAGGGGAGCAGCUCCUCCAGUCUGGCCCUGGCAGAGCAGGGGAACCUUCAGAGUGUGGGACUGUGGCUCCUCCUGCCCUGGUGAGUGUCUGGCUUUCAUCUCACGUUUAAUGUCUGUGGUUUUAAUCCCUGAUCCAUUGGUGAUGUUUUUCUGUGUUUCUGGUUGGUAUUUGACAAUGGGAGCUUUGGGGUGGGCUGGUCAGGGUAGGCUCUGCAGCCAGAGCUGUGGUUUGGGUGGGAGCUGGAGGAAUCCACCCCAGCUCAGACAGGACACAAGGCUGUGGCUGCUCAGGGUCUGUCUCUGGGUGCUCCUGCUGGGAUCUGGGUGUUUGGAUCCAUGGAGGGUCCGUGUGCUCAGCCUGUGAGGGACCCAGGGCUGGGGACACUGCUGGGGACUCUGCUGUCCUCGGCUGGCCUGAGCCCCCCCCGCUGCCUCUGCCCGUGGGUGAGGGAAAAUCAGGUGAAAAAUAAAAAAAUACAGCAUAAAAACCAGCUCUGCAUCACUGCCCCGGCUUCCCUCGGCGUGAGGCCCUGAGCUCCUCCCGAGCCCAGGUGAGCUCAGGUGACUCUGGAUGAGUCACCUGGGCAGGGGAUGGUGCUGCAGUGUCCUGUGAGCCCUGCUGGGGCUCUGUGCCUUUGGGAUGCUCUCCCAGCUGCCCAAACGUGGCAGUUCAGCCCUUCCUAAGGGAAGGGACUAAUCUGUGUGUUUGGUGUCUGCUUGUGGCUCUUUGGACACAAUAAGGGAUUAACUUGGUCUUUAUCUAAUUGGUUUAUAACCCUGGGAAGGGAAAAUCGCUUUGUAAUGCUCGAAACCUCUUAACAGAAACUCAGAGACUGGAGCUUGAGUGUCCUUCGAAAUAAACUCAUAGAUGGCUUGUCUUUUUUAACUCUC